UCGUUGUUGUCAAAUCAGGGAUUACGAAAGUUGCUGUGUGGGAACUAAACUAAUAAAACGACAUAUAACUAAAUAGCAAACGUUAGCUAGUCCAGAGUUAUACGGACAGUUUUUUUAACAGUGGACUUUAUAGUUUUUAACUCCACGUAGUAUUUUUGACUCCACGGUGAGUCUCGGUUCGCCAACUAGCUAGCUAGCUAGCUAAAUGUUAGCUAACGUUAGCUGGCUAAUAGUUACCUUACUCCUACUGACAUUUGAUUGACAUUUGGUAAAUGAGAGGCCACAACUUCAGUCAGAGCAUCUGGCAGUGCCGAACAGGACUUUAACAUGACGGCAAACCAGGCGUGACAGGUGACACUGGAGGGAGGACCAUCAACAACAGGAUGGAGGCAACGGACAGAACUACCAACUUCAACUUUUCACAUGAGGAGGAAGACCCGGACUCCUCUGCUCUCUCAGCCAGCAUGUCUAUUGACAAGCUCUUACCGGCUCUCUUGGAGUGCUUUGGGAUAAUAUUAUGUGGAUACGUCGCAGGGAGGACAAACAUCAUCACGUCCACCCAGGCCAAAGGAUUGGGUAAUUUUGUGUCCAAGUUUGCACUCCCAGCGCUGUUGUUCAAGAACAUGGUACUGUUGGACUUUGGUAAUGUCAUCUGGCCAUUCCUAUGGAGCAUCCUCAUUGCCAAAGUGUCUGUAUUUUUCAUUGUCUGCGUCCUCACGCUGAUAGUUGCCAGUCCUGAGAGCCGCUAUAGUAAGGCUGGGCUUUUCUCCAUAUUUGCCACCCAAAGCAAUGACUUUGCCUUGGGAUAUCCCAUUGUUGAGGCCCUUUACCAGAGCACAUACCCAGAGUACCUCCAGUACAUCUACCUGGUUGCACCUGUGUCCCUGAUGCUUCUAAAUCCAAUUGGCUUUGCCUUCUGCGAAAUCCAGAAGUGGAAGAAUCAGGGAAACCACCAGCAGAGAAAACUCCUGAUCAUGGGACUUGUAGUUUUACAGGUCCUGAAGAACCCUAUAGUGUUCAUGGUUGUCAUCGGCAUUAUUGCCCAUUUUGCACUGCACCAAACAAUUCCUCCCUUCAUGGCUGAAUUUGUGGAUGGCUUGGCCAACUCUUUUGGGGGAGCAGCUCUGUUCUACUUGGGUCUGUCCAUGGUGGGACAGUUAGGGAAAUUAACCAGAUCCACAGUCGUGACACUGAUAUUACUCAUCACAGCAAAACUGUUGCUGAUGCCACUGAUUUGUAAGGACAUGGUGGAUCUGUUGGACAAUAGCAACACCAGCGCUUUGAACCACUCAAGCCUCUCCAAUUAUGCCUUUCUUUAUGGAGUGUUUCCCACCGCACCAAGUGUGGCCAUCUAUGCUGUCUAUUAUAACGCGGAGCUAGAAGUUGUAACCUCUGGGAUGGUGAUCAGCACUUUUCUCUCAGCUCCAAUAAUGUAUGUUUCUGCCUGGUUACUUACAAUGCGUUGGAUGGACCCUCAGCUUUUGAUGAAUUCACUGCAGAAUGUCAGCUUUAACAUAAGCAUAGUGAGCUUAGUUGCACUGGUGUGGACAAUUACUGUUAUGUUUUUAAGUAAGAAAUUCAAGAGGCUACCUCACAUGUUUACAGUCAACCUUUUCUUGGCACAGUUUCUAACUUGUUUUGGGAUGAUCCUGUGGAACUUUGUGGUGAAAGAAGACAACUUCAUCGGGCAGGUCCUGACGUUCACAUUAUUAUGUACCUCACUCUACAGUACUUAUGUUUGGCCAGGUUUAAUAGCACUUUCUCUUGUGCUCAUGAAAGGUUUUGAGGAUGUGAAACUUUCACCAGGCUUGUUUGUCAUUGCUGGCUGGGGGGUUCCAGUCUUAGUAACGGCUGUGUUGCUAAUCUCUGGGGAAAAAAUGCCUGACACGAUUGACUCAGCGUUCUUUUACGGCAAACCACAGAUGAUCUGCACCACAGUUGUAGUUGCCCUCGGUAUACUGCUGGGAGGGAGCUCUCUUGUGUGUCUCAAUAGAGGAAGUUGGGCCCACAAUGACCAAAUUCAAGAGGAAAACGCUGCAGAGGAUCUUGUGACUGAGGUUGAACCAGAAAACCAGACUUUGUUUGAGCCAGUAACCCCAUCAGGGGAUCUCAACAAAGUGUGCCUCCUAUGUGACUGUGCACCACCCCAGCCCAUGCCUGACAUGAUCAUCAGCACAAAUAUGAACAACACACCACCGCUCACAGGUCAGUGUGAGAAUAGCUGCAAGUCCACAGACUGCCUGCUUGUCCAAGUGGAGGAGCUCCAACAGGUUGCAGAUAGACAAGUGGCCCGUCAUGUGCUCUUAUGUCUGCUUCUGACUGUCAGCUUGCUUGCUAACCUGUCCAGCUGCUUGUGGUUGCUCUUGAACCCGGUUCCUGGUAGACUCUACUUGGAGCUGCAGUUCUUCUGUGCUGUAGCCAACUAUGGACAGGGGUUUCUCUCCUUUGCUCUGUUUGGACUGGACAAACAUUUGAUUAUACUGCCAUUUAAGAAGAGGUUAUAUAGUCUGUGGUAUGGAAAGAAGCAAGAAGAGCAGACUGAUUUACCUGAUGAAAUCAGGAUGACCUGCACCCAGUUCACCAAAUACCACAAGGACCAGUGUUUUCAUGACAUCGUCAAAAAGAGAAGGUGUGGGAAGAGGACAAUGGUGGACUGUUUUCUUGGCUGUGAACUUGUUGAGUGGCUCCAGCAGGUGGGCUUGGCUCAGGACCAUGGUGAGGCCGUACUCUACGGGACACGGUUAGAGCAGGGUGGUGUGCUCCAGCACAUCAAACAGGAACACAGCUUCCAAGACAGUCGCCUUUAUUACCGCUUCAUGACAUAAGAUGCAAGGUCCACAUUUUCUUUUUACCAAAAGUUUUACAGUUAACUCACCAGGAUAAUUGCUGAGAUCCUGAGUUCCGGUAACAUUGCUACAACAGUCAUUCAGGACAGAAACAUGAGCUGUCAGAUGAUCAUACAUGUACAGUAAACCUAGUUUAGCCAUAUUAUCAAAACCAUUUAUUUUGCAGUAAAACUUGUACCUGAAAUGGCAGUAAUAAUACCUACUACCAACUACCACUUAGUACUGUAGAGUUCAAGAGUUUAAUCAAAAAGUCAGUCUUCAAAUUCUAAUUGUCUACAACGGACAGUAAUAAUUUUAAGAUUUGCCAAAUUCCUUUGCAAAUGAAUAUGGUACUCAGCUAGUUUAUUUACAUGUCAAAUUGUCUGUUUUCAAUGCCUUGUUUGACUUGGUUGUAGUGAUAAUGAUCCAUCCUUUAAUCUGCAGUGAGUAAAAUAUUUACAUAACAAAAAAAUAAAUAAAGCCAAGAUUUUUUUUCUUUUAAUAUGCAUUUUCUAGAAUAACAUAACAGGUAUAACCAAUGUUAAAGGGUAAAACUAGAUUUUGCUGCUUUUUUAUGCAGUCAAUAUAUGCACUUUUGGGGAGUGACAAUGCACAAAGAGCUGUCCUCAUGAAACAAACUAUAGUUGCAGGGAAAAUAUCCCACUCUUAUGCUGAAUGUAUUAUUUCAUUUACUUGGACUCUUCAGAGUGUAUUAUCAUCUUCUUCCAAAAGAGAAAAAGGGAAGAUGUGGUAAAAUCUGCAUCCAUUUUUAGUUUGUUUGUAGUCAGUUUAACUUAUGAUUCAGUUAAAGUUAAAAUAGUUUUAUUAUUACUUUUUAAAAGUGACAUCAAAAGCAAACUGCCACUUAAAAAUUAAAAGGUUUUCAUUUUUAAUAAGUGAUGAUAACCA